AAAUGGUUACUGCGCUUUGCUGUUGAAUAGCCUAUCUAAUUUUGAUGACUUCCCACCUUACACGGGUGCAACUGUGGAAGGGAACAAUAAUAGAGUCAAGCCAGGCAUAAGGACAGUAGACUAAUACGUAAAUAGAAGAAAGAAUGAGUUUCGGCGUCUAAGUCGGAGCCUGCAUCUGCUUCAACUGCUGCCUAUAUUUAGUAUUUACCACACCCGCUGCAGCCAUACCACCAACUUUUGAUGGCUGUUGCAGGGGAGACAACAUUGGAGUAUACGCCUACAUGGGUGGUUGCAGCCGUCUGCACUGUCAUCGUCAGCAUUUCUCUUGGUGCCGAACGGAUUCUUCAUUACGCCGGCAAGUAUUUGAAGAAAAAGGACCAGAAGCCUCUGUACGAAGCGUUACUGAAAAUCAAGGAAGAGUUGAUGCUUCUGGGGUUUAUUUCUCUGCUACUCACUGUGUUUCAAGAUACAAUUGCUAAAAUCUGCAUCCCAAAAAGGUAUUCUGAUGACUGGCUUCCUUGUAAGAAGAAAAAAGAGGAUUCUUCGAGUUCAGAGGAAUCUACAUCCCAUUUUCAGACCUUCUAUCAUUUCACCUCUGGGGGUGCCCGUCGACUUCUUGCAGAACACUCUGCUUCCCCCAGUUACUGUGCAAAACGGGGAAAGGACCCACUUUUAUCUACCACAGCUUUGCAUCAUCUUCAUAUCUUUAUCUUCGUGCUAGCAGUUGUGCAUGUGAUAUUUUGUGUUCUAACAAUUAUUUUUGGAGGAGCAAAGAUACGUCAAUGGAAGCAUUGGGAGGAUGCUAUCUCAAAAAAGGAAUAUGAUCCUGAAGAGGUGCUGAAGUUCACCAAUGUCCGUGAGCAUGAUUUUAUCAAAGAUCGAUAUCGAGGAGUUGGCAAAAUUGGCAAUUUAAGGGGUUGGGUGCGUUCAUUUUUCAAGCAAUUUUAUGCAUCCGUGACCAGAUCAGAUUAUGUCACAAUGCGAAUGGGCUUCAUCAUGACCCAUUGCAGGGGAAACCCAAAGUUUAAUUUUCACAAGUACAUGAUUCGCGCCCUGGAAGCUGACUUUAAGAGAGUUGUUGGUAUAAGUUGGUAUCUUUGGAUAUUUGUGGUUGUUUUCUUGCUGCUGAAUGUUAAAGGUUGGCAUGCAUAUUUCUGGAUAGCAUUCAUCCCCUUUAUUCUUUUACUUCUUGUGGGGACUAAGCUGGAGCAUGUAACCACCCAGUUGGCCCAUGAGGUUGCCGAGAAACAUGUAGCAAUUGAAGGGGACUUGGUUGUUCGACCUUCAGAUGAUCACUUCUGGUUCCACAGGCCCCAGAUUGUGCUAUUUCUGAUUCAAAUCAUUCUGUUCCAAAAUUCUUUUGAGCUGGCAUUUUUCUUCUGGAUUUGGGUUCAAUAUGGCUUUGACUCCUGCAUCAUGGGACAAUUGGGUUUCAUUAUCCCAAGGCUUUUUAUAGGGGCGUUCGUUCAGUUCCUCUGCAGUUACAGUACCUUACCACUCUAUGCAAUUGUCGCACAGAUGGGAAGUUCAUUCAAGAGGUCCAUAUUUGAGGAACAUAUACAACAUGGACUGGUUGAAUGGGCACACAAAGCCAAGCUGAAAACGGGUUUUAAAAAGAAUGCUAAUGGCCCUAGCCAAGUGGGUCCUAAAGAGGUUCCUCCUCCAGCAGUUCAAUUGGCAGAAGUUGUGAAGGAAUCUGCAGAAGAGAAGGGCAAUGUGGGAGAGAUUCAUCCAGCAACUGGAUCGGGUGGAUCCAAAUGAACACCUUUUAUGCUCGCUCUAACUACUUGUAUUUGCCACAAACAUAUAGAAAUUAGUUACUAGUCUUUUUGAAAUCAUACUGCAUACUUUGAAAGCCUGUUUUACUCGCACCCCCUAGUAAAUUAGUGGAGUGUAAAAGGUAUCCUACUGAAAGCAAGGUAUUAGUCCAAGGUUUUGCUUGCU